AUGACCAUUUUCCUUCUCAUAUACGUCACACCUUGGGCUUCUGGUCCAGUCAUCGUUGUUAUCUGCGUCAACAUCGCUAUAACGCACGCCAUCGCCAAGCUUAUUGUUUGGUUUUAUGUUUUAGGAAUAGUCAGUAAGCCUGUUAGUGUGUUAUCACUUCUGAUUUCACGUCCACAGGAUAUGGAUGCGAUCGAUACAACAUUACCCGGAUCGAUACGAUCGAUGCUGAUGACGGUGUUCAACGUGAUCGCCACAUUAGUCGUCAUCGUGAUCGCGACACCGUUGGUCGCCAUCCCAUUUGUAUUUCUUGCUGCCUUCUACAUCGUUGUCCUGGUACGCACAGACACCCCAACUGGCCCUGACUUCUUGCAUGAAGCUCCUACUUAA